AAACCCUGUAGCAGAUGCCACUUCCGAGACAAAAUCCAAACAAAUGACAACAAUAUAGAUAUUGACUUACUUGAAGAGGGGGUAAUCUGCCAACAUGGCAAAAGAAAUCGAAUUUUCAGUACAGAUGAGACUGUAUGCCCUCAGCAAGAGACAGUUUGUGAUGGUUUAUAUCAUCUUUUUUGUGUGCUUUGGCAUCAGUGUUUUAGUUGGAGUAACAGGCCCUCCAAUAAUUGAGACUGUAUCCCAAAAUUCGUCUGCUUUACCAAACUCCAGUGGCAUCAAUAAAAAGACCGGACCAUUUGUUUUGAAGUCACCCCCGAUGUCCACAUUUCAUCAGCAGCUGUGGUUAAUUGCAGAUAUAAGAACUGAUAGUAAAGGAGGCUCCCGUUUUGAGCAGCCAUUCACGGUCAGUGUUCAGAUAAGGGGACUUAAAUCUGACGAGGAACUACUGUCCUCAACCAAAAACCCAGAACUCAACACUCAUACUCACAACAGGUCCAGAGUGUUACGGUGUUCUAAUAAAUGUGAUGAUCUGAUAUUGCUGCACCUGGGAUACCUAGAUUUUUACCGUUAUAUUAUCACCGUCGAGUUUUAUGGGCUAGAGAACACCAAGUUUCACUUCAGUGACAUUAUAUUUCAUUUUAAGAGUUACAACACUUCCUUCACUAACACAGAGAUCUGGAUAAGAUUUGUUUUUCUGUUCCUGACUUUCAUUGUCACAUGUGUGUAUGCUCAUUCACUGAGGAAAUUUUCCAUGCGUGACUGGUCAUUUGAACAGAGGUGGAUAACAUUGCUGUUACCUUUACUACUGUUAUACAAUGAUCCCUUAUUUCCCCUGACAUUCCUCGUUAACAGCUGGGUGCCAGGGAUGUUUGAUGCCAUCUUCCAGGCCUCCUUCCUUUGUGCCCUGUUACUGUUCUGGUUGUGUAUAUAUCAUGGAGUCAGACAGACUGACAGGAGAUUUUGUAAGUUUUAUUUGCCAAAAUUACUAGUGGUGGGGUUGAUAUGGAUAUCAGCUGUGACGAUAGCUUCAUGGCAGGAGUAUAAUGAAAUCCAGGAUCCCACAUAUUUCUACAGGCUGGACACAACAAAUUUUACGGGUUUUAAGAUAUUCUUCUUUGUUGUGGGAGGCCUGUAUCUGUUGUAUUUGCUCUAUCUUCUGGUCAGGGCUUAUGCUGAGCUGCGCUCCAUGCCAUACUUUGAUCUGAGGUUAAAGUUCAUGACCUUCCUCAUGCUUAUCGUCCUGUCCAUCAGUAUUGCGAUCACUGCCAUGAAGUUUGGUGCUGCCGCCCUACAAGAUAAUUUUGUGGCAGAGAUUUCUACAAACUACGAGAAUUCCAUAGAGUUUGUCUCCUUCUAUGGCCUUCUGAACUUCUACAUGUAUACUAUGGCAUUUGUGUACUCUCCCUCUAAAAAUGCACAGUAUGAAACAAAUUUUAAAGACAAUCCAGCAUUAUCCAUGUUGAAUGAUUCUGAUGAAGAAGUGCAUUAUGGAUCUGAUGCAGAGGAAAUCAGUUUGACGACCAGGAGGGGAAAUCGUUAUCAGGAUGAAGAGGAAACUUUCCAUUGAUGUCAAACAAAAAGUAGAGCAUAGACAGUGGAGCUAUGUCAGAUGUCAGAUAUAGGGAAAUGCAGUGUGGUGUGAAACGUUGUAAAUGUAGGAUACAUAUGGGAACUCUUGUGUAGAAGAAGGUGUGAAAAUGGAUAUUCUCAGGACCAAAAAAUAUCAAACAAAGCUUCACAUUCAAGUUCACAACAUGCAGGUUCAUUUACAGAAAUUGUUAAGUACUAGUAUAAAAGUAAUGAUUAAUAUCAAAGAAAAGAUUUUUUAAUCGUGGGGAUCGUGUUAUAAAUUGAUUUUUUUUGCUGUGAGAAACAAAUGCCAAUCUUUAAAGUGCUUGAUAUCCAUAAGUUAACAUGUAACAAGUAAUUGUAGUUAAAAAUGCAUUAAAUUAUUAUCAAUAUAUUUGAUUAAUGGCUUUGAAUUUGCAAGUUAUGAAGUGAAAGUGGGUUGAUAUUUCAUGUAAUAUGAGAAACAUUGACGGCCUAUGUGUAUGAAACUGAUUGUCAGAUCAUAUUGCAGGUCUGUUGUAUUUAAAAUCAUGGUUAAUUAUAUACUUUUAACAAAGGUGUUUUAGCUAGUUACUGUGAUAUUCUGCAUAUGGGAAGACUUAAGAAUGUUAAAUGAUUUACUGGUCACUAAUGUUUGGGGUUAUUAAUCUAUGUUUUAAUCCUUGGGUCUCUUUAUGAACUCUUUUUGUACAGGGGUAUAUAUAUGAACUACUUAAUUUUUGUCAUUGAAUUCUCGUUCAUUGUAAAUUUUUUGUUUAAGAUUUGGAUGAAGGGUGUUCCAUGGAGUAAAUGUACUUAUUUUCACAAUAUCAAGACUGUGAUGUGAAAAAAAAUUAUAUUUAUCAAUAAGCAAUGUAUUUUUUCUGAAACAGUCUUGACAUUGAGAAUAAAACAGUAAACAUGGAAACUAUUUACACUAGAUAUAUGUGAUAAGAAACAUUUUGUGAAAAUAUUCCUCCACCUUCCAACACAUCUAAGCAUUUUCUUUAGUUUUAACAGUACAUUGUAUAUAAUCCAUGUGUCAAGGCAAUAACCCCCGUGCAUAAUUUUCUCUAUACUUCUAAUUCGUGUAAUUAAAAAACACACAUUUGAUCAGCACUCAUAAAUAUCCACAUUUAAUUUGCAUAAUUAACAACACACAUAAAUCUCCACAUUUACAGCUUACAGACCUUAUCAAUAUAUUUCACAUAUUUUUAUACUGCCAUUGACAAGUUUUUUUUUUUAAAGUUCAGUGUGGAUGCAAUGAAUAAAAAUCUGUAAAGUAUUGAUCUUGAAAAAGUGACCUGAUCUUUGAAAUCCAGGAAUUAUUUGAUAAUUUUAUACCUAAGAAUGGUAUGGUGACACAGUGCUGUGGAUUAAAAUAUAUUAAUCAUCAAGACUACUCUAGAAUCUUAUAAAGACUAAGUGUGUCAUUAUAGAUAUGUGAUAUAAUUUAUUUAAUAAUUGAAUUUUAUUUCUUAUUUAAUAUCAUAUUUAUUUCAUAGAUUAAUAACCAAAAUAUUAUAUCUAUGACAUACACUUACUGUUCAUUGACAUAAUUAUUCUCUUGAUAGAGACUGAAUGUGUUUAUUUCACUUCAGUUGCUGAUGAAUGUUUUCUUUGUUUUUCAAAUGAAUUAAUUGGCA